AUGCUUCCCCUUGGUGACGUUAUCCGCGGCUUCGGAAUUAGUUUCCAUUGCUAUGCGGAUGACACCCAGCUCUACAUUCCUGUAGAUUCCGGGGAUUCUGCCCAGAUUCAAACGGUUGAGUCCUGUUUGGCUGCUGUGAAGGGCUGGAUGUCACAAAACUUCCUACAGCUUAAUACUGGGAAGACAGAGCUGAUGAUUAUCGGCUCGAAGCGGGACCGGGAAAAGUUUGAGGAUGUCUCUCUGUGGUUGGAUGGCUUCGCCAUCCCACAGAGUGCAUCCGUCAGAAAUCUUGGUGUCUUGUUUGACCCUCAACUAUGCUUUGAUCAGCAUAUAAGAAGUAUAACUAGAAUUGCCUUUUUCCAUUUGAGAAACAUUGCAAGAAUCAGAUCAAUGUUAUCUGUAGUGGAUGCAGAGACACUGAUUCAUGCGUUUGUCUCGUCAAGACUGGACUAUUGCAAUGCACUGUUCUCGGGAUUACCGAACUCUACUACAAAGAGUCUACAGCUGGUACACAAUGCGGCAGCUAGAUUGCUGACCAGAACGAGAAAGUUUGAUCAUAUUACACCUAUUCUCGCCUCUUUACAUUGGCUACCAAUAACUUUCAGAGCAGACUUUAAGGUGCUAUUGCUAACCUAUAAAGCCUUGCCUGGACUAUCUCCAUUGUACCUGAAGGACCUGAUUAUUCCUUAUAGUCCUUCUCGGUCUCUCCGGUCUUCGGGAGACGGCCUUCUUUCAUUGCCGAAGGUUAAAAAGAAAUCGGCUGGACAGAGAGCAUUUGCCUAUCGAGCCCCCUUUUUAUGGAAUAGGCUGCCAUCAGUGAUCAGGGAAGCUGACUCUGUGGAGCUAUUCAAAGGGAAGCUCAAAACGCACCUCUACAAUCUUGCAUUUGGAGUGUGAAAACAACAGAUGCGUAGUGAAGACUACUCUGUUUGCUUGUGCUUUUCUUAUUACAUUAUACAUUCCCACUAUGUACUUUUCCGUUCUAAUUCACUAUUCUGUCAGUUGUAGCGUGCUGCGGGUGCUGGACUGGAUGCCUGGACUCUCCUCAUGGAUAACCGGCCAGAACCCCAUCACCAUUUUAAUAUGAUGUACAUGUAUUUACCUGUAUGCCAUUUGUGGCACCCAUUGCACUCCUGACCAUCCCUGGAAGAAGGGAUCCCCUACACUGCGUUUCUUCUCAAGAUUUCUUCCUUGCUGAUUCAAGGGAGUUUU